AUGUUCUCUCCGACCUUCAAAUCAUUCCUUCUUCUCUGCCUUCUUGUGGUUAAUUCAUGGGCACAAGACCCUACGACCACCGCAACUUCCACGACAACAGUACCAUCAACUAGUACCGUAACAACUACUACGGUUGCUUCCACUUCAUCAGGAUCUACAACUGCAUCAACCGCUGCCGGAGGAUCAACUUCAACAACUGCUGCUGGAGGAUCCACUGCAUCAACUGCUGCUGGAGGAUCAACUUCAACAACUGCUGCUGGAGGAUCUACUGCAUCAACUGCUGCUGGAGGACCCACUGGAUCAACUGCUGCUGGAGGAUCUACUGCAUCAACUGCUGCUGGAGGAUCCACUGCAUCAACCGCUGCUGGAGGAUCCACAGCGUCAACUGUUGCUGGAGCAACAUCGGUUGUACCUUCUUCCCCAGCCCCACCAACCCAACCUCCUGUUAAUAACGGAUGCGAGCUUGGCUGGAAGUUCUUCAAUAGACCAUCAGGUGGAUGGUGCAUUAAGGUCUUCCCUGGUUACUUUGCAUUAAAGGAACACGCAGAGAAUGCUUGUCAGGCGAACGGUGCUGCAACUCUAACAGGACUUCAGAAUAAGGCUGAAGCAUUGUUCAUCCAAUCAUCUAUGCUUUCUGAAAUGUCAGCUCCAAGUGGAUCAGUGUGGAUUGGGAUUCACAGAACUCCUGCUUGCAACAGAAAGCCACUCAGCGCUCAAUGCAACAAAAAUACGGCUUUCCGAUGGACUGAUAAGUCAGCAACUGGAGUUGAUGGUUUUGUAUUCCAACGUGGACAACCUGACAACGGAGGCAGAGCCUUGAACCAGAACUGUGCACUUCUCCUUGCUUCAUCGAAACCCUUUAUCGAUGCAGGAGGACGUUAUUAUGCUGCACAAAUGGAAGACGUUCACUGCAAUGCAACAUUUGUCCCAGGAAACAUGGCUCGUAAGACAUCUGGAUACGCUUGUGGAAAACCGAAUAAGUGUCAACCUGGCUGGAAGUUCUUUGACCGACAAAGCGGAGGAUGGUGCAUGAAAGUUUUCACUGGAUUCCAUGCCGCUAAAGUUGAUGCCGAGGCUGCUUGUAAAGAUGUUGGAGCAACUCUUUCCGGCCUUGAAAACAAGGAAGAAGCCAUUUUCAUUCAAAACGCUCUCCUUGCCCGAAUCUCACAAGCCAGUGGAUCUGUGUGGAUUGGAAUUCAAAGAAAAGCUGAAUGUUUGGGAAAAGGACUUACCGCUUCAGGCACCCCAACAACUUCCUUCGAAUGGACCGACAACUCUGCUAGUGGAGUCGGUGGUAUGGUCUUCCAGGCUGGACAACCUGACAACGGAGUCACAGCUUUGAACCAGAAUUGUGCAUUGCUUUUGGCUUCAUCGCAACCUUACAUUGAUGCACGAGGACGUUUCUAUGCAGCUACUAUGGAAGAUGUUCCUUGUGUUGCCAACUUUGUCGCAUCUAAUGAAGCCCGUAGGACACGCGGAUACGUUUGUGGAAAACCACUUUAA